UCCGCAGCCUUUUAGAUGCCCACUGUUUUUCUAGUCGUUGGCACGUGCACAAACCUGCGCACGCCCUCCCUUUGUAUUUUUUAACUCUCCUCGCCCCCCUCCUUAUCCAAUCUCUCACAGACUCUUGUUUUCUGCUCGUUUCUUCAUAUUACGUCGACUUGACCCCGAGUAAGGUGCACGAUUGAUUCUUCUCACCUACCAAGAAUAGGAAUUGUAUUCCCCAUUUGCUUUGCCGGCUUUUAACGCGAAAGAUUGAAAAUAAAAGUGGUUGUUUGGAGGCACGCAAUCAAAAAAGUAUGGGUAGGAAGCUGAUUGUGGAAGUCUGUAAUGCGCACAAUUUGAUGCCCAAGGAUGGGCAGGGCACUUCCAGCCCUUAUGUCAUUGCAGAAUUCGAUGGCCAGCGCUCGCGCACUCAGACCAAAUUCAAGGAACUGAAUCCUCAAUGGGAUGAGAAGCUCGAGUUUCUGGUCCAUGAUCCCGAAACCAUGCCUUCAGAGCUUCUGGAAAUCAAUGUCCUCAAUGACAAGAAGCAGGGCAAGCGGAGCAACUUCCUCGGGCGAUUGAAGAUCUAUGGGAGCAGCUUCGUUAAGCAGGGGUCGGAGAAGCUCAUAUAUUAUCCCCUGGAUAAGAGGAGCGUCUUCUCUCAAGUCAAAGGGGAGCUUGGCCUCAAGAUAUAUUAUCUGGACGAAGAGCCUGCGCCACCACCAGAGGAUAAUAAAAAUCCCGAGGAGGCCCAACAGACAGAAGCCAAGCCAGAUGGAGAAGCCCCAAAAGCAGAAGAAGAAGCAAAGAAAGACGAGCCGCCUCCUCCUGUCGAAGAGCAGAAAAAUCCUGAAUCAGGAACUCCUCCGCCCGAUGACAAAGGUGCAGCAGAAGAGAAAAAAGAAGAAAAUCCCAAUCCCAGUCUCAAUCCACCGGAAGAGAAAUCUCAUCCCACUGAAGAAAAUUCCGAGGCAGGGGAAGCGGCGGCGGCGCCACCCAAGUACCAUCAACCUGUUUUUCGCCACCAGGAUCAAGUUCCUGUGGAUUACGCCCUGGAGGACAUGAACCGGUCACUGGGUUCCAUCAAUGGCGACAGAAACAGCACGUACGAUCUGGUCGAACCGAUGGGUUAUCUCUACGUGCGGGUUCUCAAGGCCAGAGAUUUGGCUGCCAGGGACCUCGACGGGAGCUCCGAUCCAUAUGCCAAGAUCAGAGUGGGAAACCACACCAUUCGCACGCGGACCGUUUCCAGGAACCUGAAUCCAUUUUGGGAUCAGGUCUUUGCUCUUUCUAAAGACAAGCUGAGCUCAUCCACAAUGGAGAUCAGUCUCUGGGACGAAGAUUUUGGCAAAAAGGACGAUUUUUUAGGGCUGGUGUCGUUUGAUUUGCAGGAGAUUCCUACGAGAGUACCACCGGACAGCCCCCUGGCGCCGCAGUGGUAUAGGCUUGAGGGCGAAGGAGCCAAGGGCGAUUUCAUGGUGGCCGUCUGGAUGGGCACGCAGGCGGACGAGGCGUUUCCUGAGGCCUGGCAGUCCGAUACGGGUGGUCUGCUUAUUCACACGCGCUCUAAAGUUUAUCUCUCGCCCAAGCUCUGGUAUCUGCUUGUGAAUGUGAUCGAGGCGCAGGACAUCAAGCCGGGGGGAGCUCGUUUUACGGAACUGACUGUCAAAGCCCAACUCGGCCCUCAGUCUUUCAGAACACGCUCCGCCGCCACCAACAAGAGCACAGGAACUGGCACCUGUCCGUUUUGGAACGAGGAUCUCAUUUUUGUGGCGGCUGAGCCGUUCGAGGAGGAGCUGAUAUUAACCGUCAUGGAGGCAGGGACGCCAAACAAGGACAAGGAUAAGGACGACGUGAACGUCAUUGGGUAUGUCAGGGUUUCUCUCCAUGCAAUAGAACGGCGCUUCGACCACAGGCAGGUGAGUUCCCUGUGGUUCAAUUUGCAGAGCCUGGGGAAAGUCGGCGGCGGGGAUGAGGAGGAGAAAGAGAAAGAGAAAGAGAAAGAGAAAGGGAAAUACAAUGGCAGGCUUCAUCUUCGUCUGUGUUUCGAAGGUGGGUAUCAUGUCUUAGAUGAGGCCGCGCAUCUGACGAGCGAUGUCAGGCCGACUGCGAAGCAGUUGUGGAAGCCGCCAUUGGGCGUGUUGGAGGUGGGCAUUCUGGGCGCCAAGAAUCUCCUGCCCAUGAAGUCGAAAGGCGGGCGCGGGUCUACAGACGCAUAUUGUGUUGCGAAAUACGGGCAAAAGUGGAUCAGGACUCGAACCGUGGUGGACAACUUCAAUCCCAGAUGGAACGAGCAAUACACCUGGGAAAUCUACGACCCCUGCACGCUUCUCACGCUCGGCGUAUUCGACAACUCACAGCUUGAAGAACAACAGGACAGCAAGCCUCGGAAGGACCUUCGCAUCGGGAAGGUCCGAGUUCGAAUCUCGACGCUGGAGAGCGACCGAAUAUACACGAACUCCUACCCGCUCUUAGUCCUCUAUCCCUCGGGAAUCAAGAAGAUGGGUGAAAUCGAGUUGGCGGUUCGAUUCUCUUCCUUCUCUCUUCUCAACGUUCUGCAUGUGUACACCCAGCCUCUUCUACCGAAAAUGCACUAUCUCUACCCUUUGGGAGUGGUGCAGCAAGACGUUCUGAGGCAUACCGCCAUGAAAAUCGUGAGCUUCAGACUGGCCCGCUCGGAGCCAGCCCUAAGACAAGAAGUGGUGCAUUUCAUGCUCGACACAGACACCCACAUGUUCAGCAUGCGUCGCAGUAAAGCCAACUGGUUCAGAAUCAUGAACCUUCUGUCCGGUCCAGUCGCAAUCUUCUGCUGGUUCGAUCAGAUAUGCAAGUGGAAGAAUCCAUUAACCACCGUGCUCUUUCAACUCCUAUACCUGAUUCUCCUCUGGUACCCGGAGCUCAUACUGCCCACGAUCUUCCUCUACAUGUUCCUGAUCGGCGCAUGGAAUUACCGUCACAGGCCUCGCAUGCCCCCUCACAUGGACACGCGUCUGUCAUGCGUGGAGGCAGUUAAUUCAGACGAAUUGGACGAAGAGUUCGACACUUUCCCCACCUCACGCAGUGCCGAGACUGUACGGAUGAGAUACGACAGACUUCGGUCUCUCGCAGCUCGAAUUCAGUCCGUUUUGGGCGACUUGGCGAGCCAGGGUGAGAGAUUCGGGGCUCUGUUAAGCUGGAGAGAUCCUCGGGCCACAGCCAUCUUUCUUUUCUUCUGUUUGUUCACUGCAGUUUUGCUCUACGUCACUCCGUUUCGGGUCAUCGGGAUCUUGUUGGGUCUCUAUCUUUUCCGGCACCCCAAAUUCAGAGAUCCUCUGCCUUCUUCGCCGCUCAAUUACUUCAGACGUCUUCCGCCUCUCUCAGACCGAAUUUUGUAAAAAAUCUGCUGCAAAAAAACCGUUCAGUCGCCCGGCGGGGAGGGACCAGCAUCUACCAUUUUUUGUUUUGUUUAUAUCUACAGUUAAAUGACUUUUUUGUUUGUUGAAUUUUUUUGAUAAAACCAGAGAAUAGAGAGCUGUGAUUUGUUA